GCCCCCGCGCGCUCCGCCCGUCCGCCCGCCCGCGCGCGCGCCCGCCGGCCUGGGGCGCAGCUCCUACCUGUGGAGCCCGGCGGGCGCCCCCCUUUCCUCCCAGGGGCUCGAUUGCCUCUCCUCCAUCCGGACCCCCGGAUCCGGCCCCUCGCGCCCCGCACAGGGGUCGCCGGGACCCCGGGGCGGGGCGCCAGGCUCGCAGCUGGUGGCAUGUAGGCGCCCUCGGGUCCGGCCUCGGAACCCAGGCGCCCUCCUGCGCGCAAAGUUUGGGGCCGAGCGCCAUGGCCAGGAGCAGCUCCUUGAGUAUCCGCGUGGUGGAGGGCCGGGCGCUGCCCGCCAAGGACGUGUCCGGAAGCAGUGACCCCUACUGCCUGGUCAAAGUGGACGAUGAGGUGGUGGCCAGGACUGCGACCGUGUGGCGGAGCCUGAGCCCCUUCUGGGGGGAGGAGUACACGGUGCACCUGCCGCAGGACUUCCACCAUCUGGCCUUCUACGUGCUGGACCAGGACACCGUGGGGCACGAUGACAUCAUCGGCAAGAUCUCCCUGAGCAAGGAGGCCAUCACCGCCGACCCCCGAGGCAUCGACAGCUGGAUCAACCUGAGCCACGUGGACCCCGAUGCAGAGGUGCAGGGUGAGGUCUGCCUGGCGGUGCAGGUCCUGGAUGACGCAGGUGGCCGCUGUCUUCGGUGUCACAUCCGGCAGGCCAGGGACCUGGCCCCCCGGGACAUCUCCGGCACAUCGGACCCGUUUGCUCGUGUGUUCUGGGGCAGCCAGAGCUCAGAGACGUCGAUCAUCAAGAAGACGCGGUUCCCGCACUGGGACGAGGUGCUGGAGCUGCGGGCCGCGCCGGGGGCGGUCGCCCCACUGCGCGUGGAACUCUGGGACUGGGACAUGGUGGGCAAGAAUGACUUCCUGGGCAUGGUGGAGUUCUCCCCCCAGACCCUGCUGCAGAGGCCCCCCAACGGCUGGUUCCACCUCCUCCCCUUCCCCACGGCAGCAGAGGAUGCCGGGGGCAGCCUGGGCGCCCUGCGGGUGAAGGUGCGCCUGACCGAGGACCGCGUGCUGCCCUCUGAGUAUUACCGGCCUCUGGCCGAGCUGCUCGAGGGGUCGGUGUGGGGGCCUGUGGAGGAGGACAUGGCCAGCCCGCUGGCGCUGCUGGAGGAGCUGAGCUCUGGGGACUGCGGCCGCGACCUGGCCACGCGGCUGGUGAAGCUCUUCCUGGGCCGCGGCCUGGCCGGCAACUUCCUGGACUACGUCACCCGCCGGGAGCUGGCCCGCACCGCCGACCCCAACGUCCUCUUCCGUUCCAACUCCCUGGCCUCCAAAUCCAUGGAGCAGUUCAUGAAGCUCGUGGGCAUGCACUACCUGCACGAGGUGCUGCGCCCCAUCAUCAGCCGGGUCUUCGAGGAGAAGAAGUACAUGGAGCUGGACCCCUGCAAGAUGGACCUGAGCCGAGCCAGGAGGAUCUCCUUCAAGGGCGUGCCGUCGGAGGAGCAGGUGCGCGAGACCAGCCUGGGGCUGCUGACCGGCUACCUGGGGCCCAUCGUGGACGCCAUUGUGGGCUCGGUGGGGCGCUGCCCGCUGGCCCUGCGCCUGGCUUUCAAGCAGCUGCGGCGGCGCGUGGAGGAGCGCUUCCCGGGGGCGGGGCACGAGGACGUAAAGUACCUGGCCAUAAGUGGCUUUCUCUUCCUGCGGUUCUUUGCCCCCGCCAUCCUCACCCCGAAGUUGUUUGACCUCCGGGAUCAGCACGCGGACCCUCAGACUAGCCGCUCCCUGCUGCUGCUUGCUAAGGCUGUGCAGAGCAUUGGAAACCUGGGCCAGCAGCUGGGCCAGGGCAAGGAGCUGUGGAUGGCCCCGCUCCACCCCUUCCUGUUGCAGAGCGUCGCGCGCGUGCGGGACUUCCUGGACCAGCUGGUGGACGUGGACGAGGGUGAGGAGACCGGAAGCCCCACCCGGGCGCUGGUCCCGCCCUCGGAGACGGUUCGGGAAGGCUACCUGCUCAAGCGGAGAGAGGAGCAAGGCGGCCUGACCCCGCGCUUCGCCUUCAAGAAGCGCUACUUCUGGCUCAGCGGGGACAGUCUGGCCUACGCCAAGAGUCCUGAGGGGCAGGCGCGGGUCUCCCUGGCGGUGCGGCGCAUCCGGGCGGUGGAGCGCGUGGACGAGGGCGCCUUCCAGCUGCCGCACGUGAUGCAGGUGGUGACGGGGGACGAGGCGGGGGCCCAGCGCACCACCUACCUGCAGUGCAAGAACGUGAACGACCUCAACCAGUGGCUGUCGGCCCUGCGCAAAGCCAGCGCCGCCAACCCCGAGCGGCUGGCCGCCUGCCACCCCGGGGCCUUCCGCGGCGGCCGCUGGACCUGCUGCCUGCGGGCCGAGCGCUCAGCCGCCGGCUGCAGCCGCACGCACUCCGCGGUCACCCUGGGGGACUGGAGCGACCCGCUGGACCCCGACGCCGAGACCCAGGCCGUGUACAGGCAGCUGCUCCUGGGCCGGGACCAGCUCAGGAUGAAAUUCCUGGAGGAUCUGAACCCAGAUCUAGUUCCAGAGGCCGACACCGGGAAGGAUCCGGGCACCACUGACAGGCCCCCCCCUGAGGUCCUGGCCCGGCAGAGAGCAGCCGCCGCCCACCUGCUGCAGGUGCUGGAGGAUCUGGACCGAGCCCAUGAGGAGUUCCUGCUGCGGCUCUGAGGAAGGCCGAAGCCGCCCUGGCACAGGGAGUGGGAGCGUGUGCGGGGCUCUGGGUUCUGGGGCUGUCCUCCGUGCCCCAGUCCUGCCCAGGGCAGGGGCCGGAUCUCCGAUACCACAAGGCUUUGCUUUCUGGGUUGGAUAAGGAACCUGACUGGUCGACCUGGAGUCUUUCCGUCACUGGACUCACCUCUUCUUUACUCAAGAAGCCAGCCUGGUCCUGAGCUGCUGGAUACAGCUGUUCCUGAAAUCCUAAUGCCUAGAUAGUCUUAUUGUCCCAGACAGGCACUCAGUGGGCCCGGUUCUUCCUGUUCUCACAUCUGUGACCCCCGUGCUUCACCAACCAUCCAGUCCUACGUCCCUGGCUAGACCCCAACCCCCAAGCCUUUGGAAUUGGGUGCCUUGAAGCAGAACUGCAGUUGGGUACCAAGUGUGCCAAACUCAGAUCCAUGGAGCUUGGGAAACGUUGGGCCUGGCUCCGCCCCCACUCCCCUCACCCCACCCUCUGUGCCUCAGUUUACCUUGUAUAAAAUGAGAAGGGAGUGAG